AUGAUCAAGUUAAUUAGAAAUGCUUUUGGAGACAAAAAGGUUCUAAAAAAUGGUAAAGGUGAGUUAAUCAAAUGGGAGUAUGUUGUUAUGUUGUAUGAAAAAGAGCAGGAAGAAGGUUUGAGGGCUGUCACAAAAUUGACAUCUAGACAUAUAUUUUUUCAAAAUGUCAGAUUAGCCUCACAGUUACUUAGUGAUAGUGUCGGAGAUGCACUGCUUUAUAUGCAGACAGUUGAUGCUAAAUUUGAAGGGUGUAAAGCAACUGCAGAAUUCUGCAAAAUAAUCAACAAUGCAUUCGACAUUUUGAAUAGUAGAAAGUUAUAUUCAAAGAAGCCAUACAAUAGUGCAAUUAAUAAUGAUAAUUUUGAAAAAUAUCAACUUUUUACUAUGGAAUUUCAAAAAUAUAUCAAUGAUCUGAAAUUUGAAGAUGGAACAAAUGUUAUUGAUUCUAAGCGUAAGACAGGUUUCAAAGGAAUUGCUAUGGGUUUACAAAGUGCUCUUGACUUCUUCAAAUUGUUAAAUUCUAAAAAUCAUAUGACAUUUUUCAUAACAUACAAGAUAAGUCAGGACCAUUUAGAAACUUUUUUCAGUGCAGUACGUAGUAAAGGUGGGUACAAUGACAACCCAACAUGUCGCUAA